AUGGGAGAUUUUGUGUUUACCCUUGAUCUCUACCAUGGUGGUCGGAUGUUUGAUUUAGAUGAGUGGUCGUUACAAGAAAUUGUUGCAGCGCUGAAAGAAGUUGGAUACACAGGCAAUGCUAAAUUCUGGUGGAACGAACCUGGAGUUGCAUUGAAGGAUGGUCUUAGGGAGUUGAAGUCUGAUGGAGAUGCAAUGAUAAUGGGUAAGUAUGUAGUAGAACAAGAGAUUAAACACUGCCAUGUGUAUGCGGUUAGUGGAUGUAGACAAGGAAAUGGGGUUGAGAUAACCUCAAAUGAUGAGGACUAUAUAUCCUCUAAUGGUGAGUACAGUGAUGGUGAUAAUGAGAAUUAUUUUGGCUUUAAUGUUGAAGAAGAAAACCAACAAGGUCAGCAUCCAAAUGCCUUCGGAGGUAACAGUGGCUCAUUAGGAACAGAUGAUAAUAAUGUUGAUUUGGGAGUUGGUGUUGAAAAUAACACAGGAGGGGUGACUGAAGAUGGAGCAGAAAUUGAUGUUAGAGAUAUUUCUUCGGGUUAUGAUACAGAGUCAUUGGACAGCUUUGAUGGAGAUUUUGAUGAGCCCAUAAGAAGAAAGAGGUAUCCUAGAUAUAAUGAAGCUGACAUGAGUGUUGAUUAUGAGUUUCGGCUGGGGAUUGAGUUUAAAUCUAUUGCUGAGUUUAAGGAGGCUAUUAAGGAACAUGCAUUGUUGAAUGGGAGGGACAUUAGAUAUGUCAAGAACGAUCAGGUUAGAUGCAGAGUCAAAUGCAAGGGUUUAGGCGGAGAGUGUCCAUGGAUGGCAUUUGCAAGUAAAGUAGGAAAAUCUGGCUGUGUUAGGCUGAAGACAUUGAAGAGUAAGCACACUUGUGGGAGGAACUACAGUGGCCGUCUUGCGUCCAGCAAUUGGAUUGCUAAGAAAAUUACUAAUAACAUAAGUAGAGGAGAAGAUAUGAAGCUGGGGACUGUAAUUCAAACAAUUCAAGAUAAAUACAUGGCAAAUAUAUCUGUGUGA